CGUGUUUGUGACUGAAGUGCAGCACAGGGCAUUUUUCCACUUCGUUCAAUGCGGCGGAGGGUUUCCUGUUCCUAUGUGUGUCACUAGUGUACGUGUUCCCUUUGAGUUCACAACCACUUGAGGUACUCUGCACAACUCUGGACUUCAGCAUCGAUCUAUCACGCUUCCCCUAUUUUUCUCGGCGACUUACUCCAGCACAGAACAGUCAACGGGCACACUGACAAUGGCAUGGUGCUGUCUCACAGUCGUCUCCUGCGUUCUUAUCGGUUUACUCCUGCUGAACUGGAUCGCACGGAAGCUCACCAUCGGGGCCAAAGUCUGCAGGGAGAAAUACAUUGCCAUUACUGGGUGUGAUUCAGGUUUUGGGUGUCUUGCGGCAAAGAGGCUGCAUCGAAUGGGGUUUAACGUGUUCGCUGCAUGCCUUACAGAGAGUGGAGCCGAAGCACUGCGGAAUGAAGAAGCUCAUGGGCCAUUUAUCAAGCCAUUCAUCAUGGACAUUGCUAGUUCUGAAAGCAUAAAGAACGGUUUCGAGUUCGUGAAGGCCCACGUUCCCGGGGAUAUAGGUCUGUGGGGAUUGAUAAAUAAUGCUGGAAUAGAGGGCAAGUAUGGCCCCCUGGAGUGGCUGACCAGAGAUGACUAUCGCCAUUGCAUGGAAAUCAACUUUCUAGGGAUGGCAGAAGUAACCACAGUGUUCCUGCCCUUGCUGAAGAAAGGUCAAGGUCGAUUAGUAAACACCAGCAGUCAGCUGGCUCGUCUACCUAUUGGAGACUUCCCGUGCUACGUUGCGUCCAAGUGUGCAGUCGAGGGUUUCUCUGACGCUGCCAGACAACAGCUGAAGUGCUCGAACAUCAGCGUUCAUUUGGUGGAACCUGGUUGGUUUAAGACUAAUAUCACCAGUGAGGAGAACUACUCCCACUUCAUCCAGGCCGCCUUUGAUGGAGCACCGCCAGAGGCGCAACAGGAAUAUAAUAAAGAUUUCAUGCAGGACGUAAAAACCCGUCUGUUCGAAGCGAGAGACGCCCAUGCCUGCAUUAACGUCGACUGGGUUGUCAACGACUACAUUCACGCAAUGACGUCAUGGUAUCCCUACGCACGAUACGGACCGAAUGGUGCUUUUGCUACUGCGGUAUCCUAUCUUCCUGCGCCCCUGUCAGAUUAUAUCGUAAUAAACACAAUGAACCCUGCUAUCAUUCACGCCAAAAUGGACAUGAUUAGGAAACGCAACCUACCAAAGGAGUCUGAGAAUGAAAAGAAGGAGGAGUGA